UUAUAAUACUGCACUAUAACUCGUCUCAACAUCGGCUUGCUUGUGUUUUACGGGGAAAUGUAGAAUUAUUCACUUGAGUGGACUUCUUAGAUACAUUUUUGAGUGGAUAGUGUAGAUUCGUAGAUACAUUUUUGCGUGGAUAGUGUGGAUUCGUAGAUACAUUUUGCGUGGAUAGAGUGCACUUCGUAGAUACAUUUUUGCGUGGAUAGUGUGGAUUCGUAGAUACAUUUUUGCGUGGAUAGAGUGGACAUAAGUGAAAUGUUUCUCCAGAAAAGAUUGUCGACUUUCUGCGUAGUCCUUGUGGCUGUCAUUGAGGCCUGCUUCAUAAAAGAGCUUCUAUGUCACCGGCUCGAGUUUGCCAGCAGCCACCGUAAGCACGCGCGCAGAGAGCUGGCGAGCGGCGGCCGUGAGACCAACUUGGCCCUGAUGACGCCAGAGGCUCAGAACAACUCUGAUGUCGUGGCACAAGUUGGAGGCACGGCCACCAUCCGCUGCUACACUUACUACCUCGGCGACGAACUGGUUACAUGGCUGAAGCGUGACGACGAGCAGAUCCUGACGGCUGGUCAACAAGUCUACUCUUCGGAAAACAGAUACUCCGUGUCACACGUACGCCACCACAAGCUCUGGGAACUGACGUUGAGGAAAGUGCGGCCAUCGGACGCCGGGGUGUACGAGUGUCAACUCACGACGCAUCCUCCGGUGUCGCUCUUCUUUAACCUCCGGGUUGUCGAGGCACAAGCGGUGAUCAAAGGACCAAAAGAGCUCCAUGUUCACGAGGGCUCCAAGCUACGUCUUCACUGCACCGUGGAGGACGCCACCGAACCUUUACUGUACGUCUUCUGGUUCCACAACACCACCAUGGUCAACCAUAACCCUGACCGCCCCAUCCACGUGUCCACUAAACGCUACUCCAGCACUCUGUCCAUCGCCAGCGUGCGGAGGACAGACGCUGGACAGUAUCGCUGCGAGCCGCACCUCGCAGUGCCUGCGAAUGUUACCAUCCAUGUUCUUGCCGGUGAGAACCCAGCAGCGAUGCAGCGAGGUCGGGACGGUAUGGCUGAUCGGGAGGCACCGGUGUCAGACACUUCAGCCAGCGGCCUGCCGACAAGUUCUGCCAGCUCCGUCAACUGCAUACCAUCAAUGAAGCUUUCAACAGCCUCUGCGUCUGUCACUUCCAUCUUCCAGCAGCUCAUUCUCUGCACUUAUUACUCUCAGGGUUUAAUUUUGGCAGCUUUAAGCUUCGUCUUAUAUUCCUCAGCUUGUGUAGAUCCGACGUCCAAGGCCACUCUCUCACCCGUCCUCCUUCUCAUAGCUGAUCGAAGCAGGCGUUAAGACUCGUACAUGUAAAUACUUAGCCAUUUAAAUUCGUUCCAAUGGAUGUUUGCUUACCAGUCCGUGUACAGAGUAUAUAAAUGUUUAUUCCGAUUAAUUAAUACAAUGCAAAUUCCGCUCAUCGUAUUUGCUAAUUCUUCGUCAAAUAUUUAUAUUAAAUACCUCUAUUAUUUUUAAUAUCGAUGACCUAUGUAUAUUUAACGAAUAACUCAAUAAAUGACGUGCCAUAUCCGCUCAUAUCUCAAGCAUAACAUCCUAAAAUAACUGACGAAUUUAUGACUAUUGCAUAAAUUAAUUAGCCUCAUUGGCCUUUGUCCAAACUUUCUCAGCUUAGGAGGCCUCGAAGAAAACUUCGGCAUGAGCUUGCGUGACUCAUGCUUCAUUUAAUUGCAUUACAUUGACCUCUGGUCGCGAUUGCGUGUCCCAUGUUAUGCCAUGAAAUUAUCGCCAUGUCAUUCCCAGUGGACAAAGUUUUCUUGUUAUAUGGAUGUGUCUUCGCAAGUAACGGACACACGUACGUAUUCAGUCAGAACUCAAUGGCUUUCAGCGGAUGUUGAUCGGUCGCCAAUCGUCAGGCGUUAAUGCAACCUCAAUUUUUAUGUGAUCCUAAAAAUCAUUCAUGUCGAAUACGUAAGAGCUCAGCGAUUACUCCCCAAAGAGGCUUUAAAGUUCGAAAUAAUUAGUAAUUUAAAGGUCAAAAUAAUGUUGUUGUAAUAUGACGUACAAUAUUAAAAUAACCCCAGUGUAUUGAAUGUAUAAAUGCUGUAAAUGCUUUUCUAUCAAUUUCUCAUCGUCUUCAUAUCUAUCGUGUUUGAAGUCUGUGCUCAUUCUUUUCAUGGAUGUGCUAUACAAACUCGAAUAAAUACUCACUUAACCUACCGUGCAUGAAACCAAUUUUUUGCCCGAAUGCAUGCAACAAUAGUGAUUCCGAAACCUAGCGCAGACUAGUGUGAAAUCAUAGCAUUCAGCACGAAAAAAAAUUUAGCCAGCGCAGGCAUGAAAUAUUAUAAUGCCUUUUUUC